AUGAGUGGACAGGCAGUGCCGAGUUAUCGCUACCGCCCACUAGAGCACAAGUACAGCAUCCGCGUUGUGACCAUCGUUCCCGGUAAUUUUCCCGACAAGGUCAACCUCACACUCGCUCAUAUCCGCCUCGACCAAGACCAGCCGUUCGAAGCAUUAUCAUACACAUGGGGCGACGUAUCAGACGGCACAAGGCGCAUCUAUAUCGACCACUUCGCCUUGGUCGCCACGAAAAACCUUUUCGAAGCCCUGCGACGGCUCCGCCACCCCGCCGAGCGUCGGACUAUAUGGAUCGACGCCCUCUGCAUCAAUCAGCAAGACAAUGUGGAGAAGGCCGUCCAGCUCCCGCUGAUGCGCUACAUCUACCAGAAGGCGUCCCUGGCCGUCGUGUGGGUCGGCGAGGCCGAGGGCGAUGGUGAUGAUGAUGAGACACGGUGGGCGUGCCAGUGCUUCGAGCACCUCGCGACGUACGCCUCCAUGUGGUACGAUAAGCCCCAGGCCGCAACACAGAGGGGGGUUCGGGCUCGGCUGUCGGCAUUCGACCUGCCUCGCCUCUUCCGCUUUCUGGACAAGCCAUGGUUCACGCGAGCCUGGACGUUCCAGGAAGUCUGUCUGUCGGAGAAUAUCCGUGUCGUAUGUGGCUCGCACUGCCUCCCUUGGCACACCCUCGUCUUUGCCUUUGCCGCGGCGCGGCUCGGGGUCGACGGAGCCGGACUUCCGGGGGUCUCCAAGUUCGCAUCGGCCCGCGCCGACUACUGGGCCUUGUUUCACUUGGUGGACCCCCGGGACCGUGUGUACUCGCUGCUCGGCCUUGCCAACAUUGCGCCUGGCCUCAUCACGCCAGAUACCAGCGACGUGACAUCGAUCUACACGCUGACUACGAGGGCCCUGAUCCGCCAGGACAACAGCCUCGACUUCUUCCAUCAGCUCGACAAGCCGCGGCCGGUCGAUGACCUCCCGUCCUGGGUCCCCGACUGGAGGCAGACGCAGUGUGACAAGAGCUGGGAGAAGAAGGAGUUUCAGGCUUCGAUCCACCGAGGUGAAAAUACCUUCUAUAACUUCACUCUGUCUUUCAUACCCGACUUCUCGGACCUGCCGCAGACGGAUAAAGAGAAGCUGGUGCUCACUGGCGGAGUUUUCGACAGCGUAAAAAUAGUCACGCCGACGUCGCAGUUUACCAAUAGAUUGAGAGAGCUCAACAAUCGAGAGGAAGUGACAUGGAAUGACAUUAUACUCGAGAUCAGGCUGCUGCACGCCGGGCUCUUGAUGCCUGAGCGCGAGACCAGAGAGCACCUUCUCCUGGAGCAGAUCGGCCACUACAAGCGGGACGUGGGGCUGGCCCUCUUGCAACCUGCCCGCAGGACCUUUGUGCAGGACGUAGGCUGGGUGUCGCAGACAUACAAGGACAUGUGGAUCGAGUGUGAAGAGUCGCCGUCGCCGACCGCCAGACCGAGCGAUGGCCACUUGGCGGUGUCCAAAGUGCUCAAGGUAGCCAAGAUGGUCUUCACCGGUAGUCGUAACAACGAGGGUACCGACGAGACGCGGUCGCGCAUGGCGAGAGAGUAUUGUGCCAUGGUCUGUAGCUUGCUCGAGGCGCGGUGCGUGGCGCAGACGUCGCGCGGCUAUCUUGCACUGGUGCCGAGUAAUUCCCGACCAGGUGACUCGCUCUGCGCGUUGUUGGGGGGCCGCGUGCCGUAUGUGCUGAGGCCCACGAGCCGGUGGGACGGGUAUGCGAUUUGCGGCGAAGGAUAUGUCCAUGGAGUCAUGGACGGCGAGCUCUUCCGCAUAGCGUAUGGUGGGAAUUUGAUAGGGUCUCGUAUACCUGGUGUCUUUUUCGACCAAGUAACGCUUGUGUGA